GAGACCUCUGAUCUGUACUCUUUUGUCGAAACUCGUUGAAUUAGGAAGUCUGAUGUACCUAGAAAAUAUAAUAUGAGUGCUAGAGCAAUGGCGAAAAGAUGUGUAUCUUAUAUGCAUACGUGUUUGUACACUAACAUUAUGAUUAUAAGAUUAAUGAUCGGUUGGUGAUUUUUUUAGUUGAUUGCAUAGUUACUAUGACCCAGUUGGAAUUAUCUGUUAGGUGGUUUUACUAUAUUUAUGUGAAAGAUGGCAAAUCGAUGGUCGAAUUUAUAUAUAGAGAUGGCUAUGAACCUAGUGUUUGGAAAGACUAAAGGUGUUAUAAUAGCAUCAUGAGAAUGUGCUCAUCAGUAGCACUAUUUCAGACCACGUAAUAUUUCGAAGCUUAGUUUUCGAUGAUUCAAGAUAGGAGGAGAGGUUGGUGGAAACAGUUGUUCACGUGAUAUUUUUGAACAGAUGGUCGACACGUGUGAAUAUUUUCGUUCUGUAGCGAGAGAGAACGAGAAAUAGAAAAAAAAUAUUUUUCAUUUAUCUAACCAUAUUUCAUUUAUACAAAUAUGGUCAUCGAAUGCGUUUGUUGUGAUAGUCGUAUUGAUUCGAACAAUCGUCGUCCAUUUCAUGGCAUUGCAAGCGACUUUUUGUUUCUGCACGAAGAAACAUAUGUCUACCAGCAUCAGGUUAUAUAUGUAAUUCUUGUCGUAUGAUUUUUUUAAAAUGGCGUACUAAUUCUGAAUUUGUGAACGUUUUGAAUCACCUUGAAGAUGAAUCAAAUGAAAAUAUAAUCGAUCAUGAUCACAAAGUAAAAUUUUCUAAGAAUGUCUUAGACAUCAUAUAUUUCUUUCUUUUCAGAAUGAUAAUGAAAAUUUUGAAUCAGCAAUGGAAACAUCAACAGAUGAACCAAUUGAUACAAAUACGGUACUUUUGCCUUUAAACGUUGCCGUUUCAUCACAUGGGGAAUGCUGUAUUUGUCGAAAAGUUUUGAAGUCAGGAUUAUGUACAGUUUCAGAAUUAGAUCGAGAUUUUUUAUUCAUCAAAAGUAACAUUUUCAUCGAGAAAGGCAGCCGGUGCUGUGAAGAACAUAUUGUAAAUGGACGUUUGCAUAUUGAUGCAUUAAAUCAAAUUCGACCAAAUAAGACAGUUAAAUCGUCGUUUUCUUCCAGUGAUAUACUAAUAUGGUUUAGCAAAUUUCGUGAUCAUUGUAAUUCACUUAGUCUCUUUGAUUUCAGUAUUCCAUUUUACAUGUCAGAUAUUGAUUGUUACAACUUAACUGGAAUUUCAAAAGACCAUUUUAAUCAUUUGAGUGAAAAACUCUCCAAUUCCAGCAUGCAAAAUUCUUUUAAUCGAUCCAUCCGCAAUGCUUUAGGACUCUUUCUGACGAAACUUAGAUUAGAACUUAGCAAUAAAGUUUUAACAACAAUGUUUAAGUUUUCAAAUCCUAAGGCGGUUUCAAGAAUUUUAUCUACUGUUCGCGAAGCAUUAUCAUCAGAAUUUGUUCCACAAUAUCUUGGAUUUCAAAGCAUUUCUCGUCAAGAUGUUAUUAACACUUAUUCUUCUCCAUUAGCUACUAGAUUAUUAUCGGAAGAUAUGAAUACAGUUGUACUCGUUGCCGAUGGUACUUAUUCAUACCUUCAGGUUUUGGUGGACCGUGGAUUUAGAGACAGUGUCGGAUUAAUGCGAGCCUUAGGUCUUGAUGUAUGCAUGCACGACUUUUUAAAUGGCCGACAUCGUUUUGAAGCAUUAGAGGCAAAUCGAUCCCGUUUUAUAAGUAAGAUUCGAUGGGUGGUUGAAUCUGCACAUGCCAGAAUAAAACACUUCAAAUGGCUAAACCAAACUAUUCAGAAUUCAACAAUUCCUCAAGUACGUGAUUAUUUACGAAUUGCCUGUGCGCUUGUUAACGCAUAUCGUUCAUCAGCUAUUUCUUCAUUUAUGAAUGAUGAUAUAAUUGUUACUAAGAUGUUAGAAAAUCUUCAUGAACCAAAUUUACUUCGUGUGCGUAUUAAUGAUGAAAUUCUUCGUUGGGUAGAUGGUGAUGCUUCACAACUUGUUAAUUUUCCAGUACUAAGUAUAGAUCAAAUUCGAACAAUAACAGUUGGGGUGUUUCAGUUAAAACAAGCUCGCAGUUAUUGUGAAGAACACUGUUCAACUACUCAUUUAGAUAAUCGUGCUGAUUUUCCUUUACAAAUAUGUGUUAACGAUCCUCAACUUAUUCGGAUACGUUUUAAAUCUCGUCAUAGCAACACAAAAACCUAUUAUACUUACAUUUCAUUUUCUACACAAGAUAUUCUUAAUAGUUGUUGCGACUGUCCAGGUGGCGAUAGAAAGGUAGGAGUUUGUUAA